AUGGAUGCCAUCCCAGUUCCUCAUGACUGGUAUCAGCCAGGGAACCUCCUCAUUGGGGCAAUUGCCUCCCAAACAUGCUACAUGUUCAAUGAAAUGUCCUUCAUGAAUCAUCCUUUCCAGGAGCUCGGCUUUGAUUUUCCAGUUAUGGUGAUGAAGUUCUACCAGCACUUGCUGGCUUUGGCAUUUGCUGUCAAUGAGAUCAACGAGGAUCCUAGCAUUUUACCCAAUGUCACACUUGGUUUCCACAUGUACGACACCUACUACUCUAUGGUAAUGACCUACCGUACUACUCUGGACUUGCUCUUCAAAUCACAUAGAUUUGUGCCCAACUAUGAAUGUGGCAUCCGAAAAAAACUAAUAUCCAUCAUUGGGGGACUUGCCUCUGAUACUUCCUUCCACAUGGCAGAAAUUUUAGGACUUUACAAGAUUCCACAGCUUGCAUAUGGCUCAUUUGCCCCAGAUGAAAAUGAAAUAACACAGAACCUUCCCUUCUACCGUAUGGUUCCAAAUGAAGUCCAUGAGUACAUGGGGAUUAUCCAUUUGCUCAAGCAUUUUGGAUGGAUGUGGGUUGGACUUUACGCUGUGGAUGACGACAGUGGAAAACAUUUCUUGCAGAGCCUGGAGCCAUUGCUUUCUAAUCAUGGAAUCUGUUCAGCCUUCACACUAAUACUCCCACGUCACAGUCGUAUAUUUAUUAAUAAUGAAAUGGAUGGUAGGUUUGGGGAUAUUUUUGUAUCUUUCAUGAAUCGUAAAGCCAGAGUAUUUGUUAAUUAUGGUGAUAUUAUGACCAUUAUGUGGCUGAUCAGCUUUAAAAAUCUAUUAGUUCCUGAAAAUAUGGAAGGCAGUUUUGUUGGCAAGCUGUGGAUUAUGACAGCCCAGGCUGACUUCAUCGUAACGGGCAUUACAAGAAGAUUAGACUUUGAAAUGUUCCAAGGCACCCUUUUCUUCGCAAUUCACUCAAAUGAACCUCAAGGGUUCCAGAGAUAUCUUGAGAACGUAAGACCAAACUGGACACCAGGAGAUGGCUUUCUCAAAGAUUUCUGGGAGCAAGUUUUUGAGUGUUCCAUUCCAAAUCCUCAGGAACCAAUGGAAGAUUAUAAUAUUUGCACUGGGGAGGAGAAGCUGGAAAGCCUUCCAAGUUCUGUUUUUGAAAUGAGCAUGAGUGGUCACAGCUAUAGCAUCUAUAAUGCUGUUUACGCUAUUGCAUAUGCUCUCUAUGCCAUGGACUCAACUAGGGCCAAACAUAGAGCAAUGGAAUGCAGUAAAAGUCUUAAACUUCAAGACGUUCAGCCUUGGCAGCUCUACCCAUUUCUUCAAGGCAUUUGGUUUAACAACUCAGCUGGAGAAACGGUGUUUUUUAAUGACAAUGGGGAAUUGGUUGCCGGAUUUGAUAUCAUGAACAUGGUCAUCUUCCGAAACAAUUCCUUCCUGAAAAUCAAGGUUGGAAGAGUGGACCCCACUGCUCUAGAUAUGAAACAAUACAUCAUUAAUGAGGAUUUGAUUGAGUGGCGUGAAAGAUUUAAUCAGGUGCUUCCACUCUCUGUAUGCAGUGACUCUUGCAAACUUGGUUAUCAGAAGAGAAAGCGGGAAGGAGAGAAAUUUUGCUGCUAUGAUUGUGAUCCAUGCCCAGAAGGGAAAUUUUCCAACCAAACAAACUUGGACGAAUGUGUCAAAUGCCCAGAAGAUCAAUAUCCAAGCAGGAGCAGAGACAGAUGUAUCCAAAAAGUGAUAACUUUUCUAUCUUAUGACGAACCUUUAGGGAUCAGUUUAGCUUCAGUUGCUGUUUCAUUCUCCCUGAACACAGCCUUGGUGCUAGGAAUAUUUAUUAAGCACAGAGAUACCCCAAUAGUGAAAGCCAACAACCGGGACCUCACUUACACUCUCCUCAUCUCCCUCUUGCUCUGCUUCCUCUGUUCCUUGCUUUUCCUUGGCCAACCAAGUACAGUGAGCUGCCUUGUCCGGCAAGCUGCUUUUGGCAUCAUCUUCUCAGUGGCUGUUUCUUGUGUGUUGGCCAAAACCAUCACUGUGGUUCUCGCUUUCAUGGCCACCAAACCAGGGUCCAGCAUGAGGAACUGGAUGGGGAAAAGGCUGGCUUUUUCCAUUGUCCUUUUCUCCUCUUCGAUCCAAGGAGGUAUUUGCAUGCUGUGGCUUGGGACCUUUCCUCCAUUCUCAGAUUUGGACAUGCAGUCCUUAAUAGGACAGAUAGUAGCAGAAUGCAAUGAAGGCUCCGUCAUCAUGUUUUACUGUGUCCUGGGCUAUAUGGGACUUCUGUCCAUCAUCAGCUUCACUGUGGCUUUUCUUGCCAGAAAGUUGCCUGACAGUUUUAAUGAAGCCAAGUUUAUCACGUUCAGCAUGCUGAUGUUUUGCAGCGUUUGGUUGACUUUUGUUCCCACCUACCUGAGCACCAAAGGGAAAUACAUGGUAGCUGUGGAGAUCUUCUCUAUCUUAGCCUCCAGUGCUGGAUUAUUGGCCUGUAUAUUUUCCCCAAAAUGUUACAUUAUUUUGCUGAGGCCUGAGUUGAACAGCAAAGAACAUCUAGUAAGAAGAAAGAUGGGGUGA